GCUCAGAGUGGUACACUCCUUGGCUCAAGGCACCUUCAGGGCUGUGUAGGGGAUGGCAGGAGGGGACAAUGGAUCCAGUAGCAGGGCAAGCUCAGAGUACCCAAGCGAAGAGGAGUCACCUGACUAUGGGCUCAUCUUCAAACACUUCAGAGAAAAUAAGGUGGAAAUCGCAAGUGCCAUCACAAGGCCGUUUCCUUUCCUUAUGAGCCUCCGAGACCGCGGCUACAUCUCUGAGCAGAAGUUCCGGACUUGUCAACAAAGUUGUGAAAACCUGAUCCCACCGGAAAGAGUAGUGUAUGACAUCCUCAGUGACCUACAGAAUGAGUUCAGCCUAUCACUUCUCAAAGUGAUAUUCAGCGCGACGCAUCUGAACGCCUACCCAGACUUAAAGGAGACUCUAAGAAACUUCCCAGAUGGGUCCAACAAUCACAGGACUCCUCAGAGGAUAAAUGGAAGAGAUGCUGAUGAGAGGCCCAGACUGCCAGCAGUUGUUACAGAAGCAUCCUGUAGUCCUGGAAAUUCCCAAAUGAAUGAUGAACAGGCAGAGGAGGUACCUAGCCUCCCACAAUGCAACAGAGGUGAGUGAGCCUUUACUUGUCAGUCAGCUAAGGGAAGUAGUUCUUGUGAACAAAUGUUUGAUAGACAAGAGCCCCACGAUGACACAUUCUCCUCACCACCGAGCCCUGAAGCAGAAAACAUGGGAGGGUAUAGCCCAAUAGUAGACUGCUUGCCUAGAAUGGGUGAGGCCCUGAGUUUGGUACCCAGUAUUGCAAAAUUGAACAACAAACAAACUGAUACCCACAAUUUUGACACAGGAGCAGAGCCAUCCACAAGUGAAAAUGAGAUGUGUUCCUGUGUCAUGUGUUCCCCCGCAUUCGUGCCAGAGGACCCGGAAGCAAGGAUGAGAAGCAGCCAAACAGAUACCGUGGAGACUGGAAACAACACCACUGUAAGAAAAUCCAGGGGGAAGAGAAGAAAGAAGAAAGGCCACAACUGGUCAAGAAUAAAACGGAGAAGGCCACAAGCUGUACUGCCAAAUAAUGUCAGCAGAGUUCGUCGCCAGGCGGCUGUCAGGAGAAAGAAAACAGAAAAGAAUCCAGGCCGUUCCGCCAAGACCAGGGUUCCAAGAAGGCGCAGAAAUGAAAAUGCAGAUUUCAGUGCUGAGCUGCUUCCUGUGACAUGUGGUGACGUGAAGGGAACAUUACACAAGAAUAGAUUCAGGCAAGGGAUCUCCAUAAAGUCCAUACAGAGUGAAGCUGGGGACUGGUACACACCUAGAGAGUUUGAAAUCUUGGGAGGCUUUGGACGAUCAAAGAAUUGGAAAUUGAGUGUGCGCAGCUACAACUGGCCCCUGAAAUUCCUGAUCCAGAGAAAAUUUCUCCCCAAUUCUCCACGAAUUUAUGGCAAGAGAAAAAAGCAGAGAACACAGGAUUUGUCUAGUGCCCCAGCUAACUCUCAGAACUCAGAUGAAUGCGAGGUGUGCCAGAAUGUAGGAUUGCUCUUCUGCUGUGACACUUGCCCCAGAGCCUUCCAUGAGGAGUGUCACAUCCCUGUAGUAGAGGCUGAGAAGACACCAUGGAGUUGCAUUUUCUGCAGGAUGCAGUCCUUAGGAAGCCAACAGACUCAUCCGGAAUCUGAGGUACUGCAGAGGCAGAUGGCGCCCCAGGAGCAGUUGAAGUGUGAAUUUGUCCUCUUGAGAAUCUACUGCUGUUCUGAGAGUUCCUUUUUUUCCAAGAUGCCAUAUUAUUUUUAUUUUAGAGAGAUGUCUGUGGGUAUAAUGGAACCUAUGUGGUUGGACUUGAUCAAGAAAAAGCUUAAAGGGAAAGAAUACUUCCACGUGAAAGAGUUUGUGCAAGACAUGAGGCUCAUCUUCCAGAACCACAGGACCACGUUCAAGGACCUCAACUUUGGCCAAAUGGGACUUAGACUGGAGUCUGAGUUUGAGAAGAAUUUCAAGGAAGUGUUUGCUAUUCAGGACACAAAUGAAAACAGUUGACUGAUGUCACAGAUGCUGCUGGUGUGCUAGCACCAUGUCCUUUUCCUGUCAGGUCUUCCCAUCUGCAGCAGUGAACGUUCUUUACUGACGCCAUCAUAUCCAGAGGAUUUUCUGGGUCACAUGGGGACAGCUGCAAAUGGGAGUCACACUUCCAGGUCUUGUGGUCCAUCCCCCUGCCUCCAGCGGGAACAAAGGGUGUGAUAGAUUGCUAUUCUUUGCUCCCCAAGGAUCUAGGCUAGAGGCAGUCUCCAGAUGGCCUGGCCCUACUUCCCCUGUGACACAUAUGUUCCUGACAGCCCUUCAUAAUUAACCACAAUUCUCCAAGAUGUCAACUCAUGUGGUGAGACACUCCUGUAUUCCCAACCCUUGGAAUGCUGAGGCAGGAGGAUAGCUGCAAAUGUGAUGCCAGCCUGGGCUACAUCGUGAGUUUCAGUGACUCUGGUAAUAAAGCAAGGUCCUAGUUCAAGAGCAAACAAACAAUUCACCAAAUAAAAUUUUA